UUUUAGAUUGUCGUACGGGUCACAGAUGAGCUGGCGAUAGAAAAUCCACACAAAAUUCUCAGUGUUAAUUUACAAAAAAAACGCUUUACAAACCAAUAUUUUGCGUUUACCGAGCUCAUUGACCUACUUAUUUAUAUUCUAGUAUAAAACACGCGUUGCCCAAAAUUCUUAGUGUUACAACAAAGUUGAUUAUAUCUUUUGCUACUGGAAAAUGCCGUCAUACAAGGAUGUGUCUUUGAUGCGCGCCGGUCUGCGGUUGAUGGGUGGACACAAUCUAAGGAAGACUGUGGCCCCCGUCCUUCGCUGCUAUGCGACAUCCUGCAAGGAUCCCAAGGGCGUGGUGGUGGGCCUCUACUCCACGGAUGGCGACAAGCCAGCCAAGGCCACGGUGAAUGCCGUGACUCUGGACGAUGCACUGGGCGGCAAGCUGCUGACCCUGAUCCGGGAACGGGGUAUGGAUGGCACCGUGGGCAAGGGAUUGCUUUUCAGCGGCUUCGAGGGCGAGUACCAGGCGGUGGCCGUCGUCGGAGUGGGCAAACAUGGUGCCUCCUACAACGAGAACGAGGAGCUGGACGAGGGCAUGGAGAAUGUGCGCGUGGCGGCGGGCACUGGUGCUCGGGCCCUGCAGCUCCAGGGGAUGUACGAGGUGCAUGUGGACGCCAUGGAGUAUCCAGAGCAGGCGGCCGAGGGUGCCGCUUUGGCCGUGUGGCGGUACAAUGCCAACAAGAGGAAGAAGAACCGCCUGCAGACCCCCAAGUUGGACAUGUACGGAAAGGGCGAUCGCGAUGCCUGGGUGCGGGGUCUCUUCAAGGCCGAAUCCCAGAAUCUGGCCCGUCGUCUCUCCGAUACCCCGGCCAACAUGAUGACCCCCUCCAUCUUCGCCCAGGCCGCCGUGGAUGCCUUGUGCCCUUGCGGUGUCUCCGUGGAGGUGCGCUCCAUGGACUGGAUCGAGGACAUGAACCUGAACUCCUUCCUGAUGAUCGCCAAGGGCUCCUGUGAGCCGCCCCUGUUGCUGGAGUGCAGCUACUGCGGCACCUCGCCCGAGGAUCGUCCCGUCUUGCUGCUCGGCCAAGGGCUGACCUUCCACAGUGGCGGUCUGUGCCUGAAGCCCAAGAAGGGAAUGGACAUGUACCGCGGUGCCAUGGCCGGAGCAGCCGUCUGUGUGGGCGUGCUCCGUGCGGCUGCCGCCCUUUCGCUGCCCAUGAACAUCACGGCCGUGAUGCCGCUGUGCGAACACAUGCCCUCCGGCAUGGCCGUAAAGUGCGGCGAUGUGGUGACCCUUCUAAACGGCACCACCAUGGGCAUCAAGAACGUGGACAAGGCACCGGUGGUGCUCAUGGCCGAUCCCCUGCUCUACGCCCAGGCCACCUUCAAGCCCAAGCUGGUCAUCGACAUCGGAACUGUGGCCAUGGGUGUGAACUAUGCGGUUGGCGGUGGAGCCAGUGGCUUGUGGACCACCUCCAAGUCGGUGUGGCAGAACUUCCGCAAGUCUGGAGGACUGACUGGUGACCGCAUCUGGCGUUUCCCGCUGUUCAAGUACUACAAGCAGAUCGUGAACAAGAACAUCACCUAUGACCUGUGCAACACCGGCAGAGGUCCAGCCAGUUCCUGCCUGGCCGCCGCCAUCCUCCACUCCCUGGUGCCCUGCGUGGACUGGGCCCAUCUGGACAUCCGCGGCACCGGCAUGACCACCAAGAUUAACCCCAGGCCCUAUCUGCUGAAGGACUCGAUGACCGGGCGUCCGACGCGCACUGUUAUCCAGUUCAUGUACCAGAUGGCCUGCGCCGGCCAGUAGUAAUCUUUCUAUGGGUAUCUCUCAUGUAUUCGAUAUUUCACUUUUUGGUACGGUGUUUGCACAGACGAAUAAUCUCUGGUUUGGCCUGGAACAACAAUGAUAGUAAAUGUGCGCUGUUAUAUCGUUAACAAUAAAUUGUAUAAAUUAUGAGAAAAUAAAAUGAGUGACUUUUGGAUAAA